GCAUAAAGAUGGCAGUUGCUUGGAUCGGCCGUGAUAUGAGAAUUGCAUCUAAAAAAGGGGUUUUGCCGCCAGAAUCAUUUGCUGCGACCCCACGUGUAUGUCGUGAUAUGACUCCCAUCGCUUCGUGUAAGAAACGAGCGUGGAAUUUACUCAUAUUGAAGAAGCUGUAACAUAGUAUGCCAACAUGAACGAUUCGGAAACCGACGAUUUCAUCACAAGCGAAUUGAAUGAGAAUUAUGCUGAGGAAACUCCGCAAGAUCCACAAGAGGAAACCGACAAUGCCGCACAGGGUGAUGAGGAGCAACGAGAAAAGCUGGUGCGACUACCCGUGGCAAGGAUAAAGGCACUUAUCAAAAUGGAUCCUGAAGUUACUAUGAUUACUCAAGAGGCUGUGUUCCUGAUAACAAAAUCGGCGGAAUUCUUCAUCGAUUCGCUCGCAAAGGAAGCUUACAAAUACACUGCACAAGCGAAGAAGAAAAUGGUUCAAAAACGUGAUGUGGAAAGUGCGAUUGACAAUGUUGACGCACUUGUAUUUUUAGAAGGUACGCUGGACUAAUUAUGUAUCGUCUACUAUAUUUCUCCAAUCUGAUUCAUCAGGCCUGUAAAUUGUAUUAUAAAAUAUAUUUUUUCUAUUGUGUCGACAAAGUAGGUGAUAAUCAACGUUUUGUGUUCAUGAAAAGUAAACUUUUUUAACUACUACUAAUGUAUGGCAGUUGAUAAUAGAAAAUAUUGUUUUUGUAAUUGAAGUAAUAGUUAAAUAUAAUAGCAACUAAAUAAAUAUAUUUCUCCCA